AUGCUGUCCAGAGCUGUGAGACCCGCCUUUGCGGCUGGCAACUUGGCCGUUGUCAGAUCUGCCGUCCCUCAAGUCGCCGGAUAUGCCACUCUCCGUGAAAUCGAGGGUCGCCUCAAGUCCAUUCGCAACAUCGAAAAAAUCACAAAGACCAUGAAAAUCGUCGCCUCCACUAAGUUGACCCGUGCACAGCGAGCAAUGACCGAAUCGCGAGCAUACGGCCAAACCUCCAACCAGGUCUUUGAGGAAGCCGAGACCAAGCCCUUGGAAGAGAAGAAAACCCUUUUGGUGGUUGCCAGCUCCGACAAAGGCCUUUGCGGUGGUAUUCAUUCCGGCAUGUCUCGAGCUGCACGAAGGAUGCUUGAGGCAGACCCCAACCUCGAUCUUGCCAUCGUCGGUGACAAAUGCAAAGCUCAACUUGGUCGAUCCAACGCCAAAAAUGUCCAGCUGAGUUUCGUCGGUAUUGGAAAGGAUGUCCCUACAUUUGCCGAUGCGCAGGCUAUUGCAGACCAACUGGUACUUUUGCCAGAAGACUAUGCCAGCAUCAAGAUCCUAUACAACAAGUUUAUCAAUGCUCAGAGCUAUGAACCCACGGUGAUUGAGGCCUUCUCCGAGGAAGCCAUUACCCAAUCGCCAAACUACGCUGCUUUCGAGAUUGAUGAUGAAGUUCUAGCCAAUCUUAGGGAAUACUCUCUUGCCAACUCUCUUUACUGGGCACUUGCUGAAGGUCACGCUUGCGAACAAUCUGCCAGGAGAAAUGCUAUGGAUAACGCAUCCAAGAACGCUGGUGACAUGAUCAGUCGUUUCACCAUCCUGUACAACAGAACUCGACAAGCAGUCAUUACCGGAGAAUUGGUGGAAAUUAUUACUGGUGCUACCGCUUCCGAGGACAUUUUUUACAACAAUUACAAUUCGAUCUUUGCGCCGCAGACCAUCAGUCCUAAUAGCCAGAUCCAUGAAAUCGACGAUGAGGAGCAUGGGCAUACCUCGGAAAACAGCUUGAGUGGCAUCAAGAUAUACGGCGUUGACGGAGGCUCUCUUGUGAACUUCAGGCUUCUCGAUGAUGAGAUGAUCGACAACUCCCCAGACUUUGUGGAAGGCGUGACAUCAACGACACGAAUGAAGAACCUUGCGACACUUGUAUUCGUCUCCACCAUCUUCUUGACGAUAUUACUCAACAUCGACAGGACCUUGAACACCAUGUUAAUCGUCUUGUUGUUUGCCCCCUAUCCUCCUCCACUACGCCACUUCCGAUUCAUCCUUCUGAUACCAUUGCUGGCUCAUGAUUCGGUUGAGAUCAAAGCCAAGUCGGAGUUUGUGCUCAUCUUCUCAACUAUCAGCGCCUUGAGCCUCUUGGAGUGGAGCUCUGUCAGCAAUGCCUCUAGUCACAGCAUCAGUCAUGAAGCCGUCGCUCCACUCCACCACUCAGGAAGUUCCGACAUGCAUGAAAAUAGAAAUAAGGUGAUGCAGGACAUGCCAGGACACAUCUACGGUGCGUACUGA